UCAGCACCGAAACAUAAGCUUUUACGAGUUUCUUAAAUAUGCCUAAGACAUAAAUUCAAUUCCGAUAAUUUGUCUUAUAUAUUUUAAAAACAUAGACUAUUAUAAAUAUUGCUCUAGAAGCAUUUGAUAUAUUUCGAUCUCGCCGGCAGAACUUCCACGUUUGUAUCAAGAUGGCGGCUACGAAAAUGAAACACUUGUGUAAAUCUGCACUGUUGUUGCUGCUGGCUGUGGGGAUUUGUCGUGGUUUCUAUGUCCCUGGUGUGGCUCCGGUGGAAUUUGCCUACUCUGAAUUGGUGGAGGUCAAGGCCGUCAAGAUGACCAGUGUGAAGACACAGCUGCCAUAUGAAUACUACUCCCUGCCCUUCUGCAAGCCAAAAGAGGGUGUUGAGUACAAGAUAGAAAAUCUAGGCGAGGUACUGAGAGGGGACAGGAUUGUCAACACUCCAUAUGUGGUUCAAAUGGCAAACAAUAAGGAUUGUACUCAGCUAUGCUCUGUCAAGUUGAAGCGUGAAGAAUCAAAGAAACUUGUGGAGAGGAUCAGACAUGCCUACUAUGUCCACUUGAUUGUAGACAACCUGCCAUGUGCUACCAAAUUUGAGAUGCUGGAGACUGGGGAGCCCCAAUAUGAACAUGGUUAUAAGCUGGGAUUCCUCAAAGAAAAUGUGGCCUACCUCAAUAAUCACUUGAAGCUUAUUUUGAAAUAUCACAAAGAAGAAGGGGAAAAGUACCGUGUGGUUGGCUUUGAAGUUGAAGCAAAAAGUGUAAAAUUUGACGCCAUGGAGCUGAAGGAAGGUUCCUGUAAGGUAAAAGGACAAGGAGCAGCUGAACCUCAGGCCAUCAAUGAAAAAGAAGAGCAAGAGGUCCUGUUUUCGUAUCAAGUGGACUGGGAAGCCAGUGACCUACGCUGGGCAUCACGCUGGGACACCUACCUCACCAUGAGCGACGUACAGAUCCACUGGUUCUCCAUCAUCAACAGUGUUGUUGUAGUCAUCUUCUUGUCUGGUAUCCUGACAAUGAUCAUGGUGAGGACACUGAGAAAGGACAUUGCAAGAUACAACAGAGAUGACGAUAUUGAGGAGACCAUGGAGGAAACAGGCUGGAAACUGGUACAUGGUGACGUGUUUAGGCCACCAAAACAUACCAAGUUGUUGGCUUCACUGGUCGGGUCAGGACUCCAAAUCUUCUGCAUGGCUCUCAUCACUAUUGUGUUUGCCAUGUUGGGGAUGCUGUCACCCGCCUCCAGAGGGGCUCUGCUCACUGCCUCCACAUUCUUAUUUGUAUUUAUGGGAGUAUUUGCUGGUUAUUUCUCAGCACGUUUAUACAAAACAAUGAAGGGCAAUACAUGGAAGAAAGCAGCUUUACAGACAUCUCUUUUCUAUCCUGGCAUUUUGUUUGGAACCACAUUCUUCCUUAAUUUUUUCAUAUGGGGAAAACACUCCUCAGGAGCACUACCGUUCACCACUAUGCUGGCCCUGCUAUGUAUGUGGUUUGGAAUCUCAACUCCACUGGUCUUCAUUGGAUCCUACUUUGGCUACAGGAAACAGCCUUACCAACACCCAGUAAGAACUAACCAGAUCCCUCGUCAAGUGCCUGAACAAAUGUGGUACAUGAAUCCGUCCCUUGGGGUGAUGAUGGCAGGUAUCCUACCCUUUGGAGCCAUGUUUAUUGAGCUCUUCUUCAUUUUCACAGCCAUCUGGGAGAACCAGUUUUACUACCUUUUCGGGUUUCUAUUCUUGGUGUUUGUAAUCCUGGUGAUAUCUGUGUCCCAGAUCUCCAUAGUGAUGGUCUACUUUCAGCUGUGUGGGGAGGACUAUCAUUGGUGGUGGAGAUCAUUCAUCGUGUCUGGAGGAUCAGCAAUCUACGUUCUAGCUUACUCUCUAUUUUACUUUGUAACUAAGCUUGAGAUAACCGAAUUCAUUCCCACUCUGUUGUACUUCGGCUACACGUUCCUUAUGGUCUUUACCUUCUGGCUUCUGACCGGUGCCAUCGGCUUCUUUGCUGCUUACCUCUUCAUCCGAAAAAUUUACGGGGCCAUCAAGAUUGACUGACGGAUGAAUUCUUCUAGAUGGCAUUUAUCAAAUUAUUUCUUGGAAUCUUGUGACAUAUGGUUGGGACACAAAUGGUUAUUUUAUGUAUAUAUGUAGUGUAUUCCUUGAGGUAUGUUUUCAUUUUGCUGUGUGGGCAAGAGAGCAGCAUGUAUGUAUAAUGGUACAAGUUCAACACUUCAACAUACACAGUUUUUAUAUGAGAUGGUAAGUCUUUGUUAUAUAUCGAUCCUGUAUUUUGUUACUAGAAAGUGAGAGAUACUAAUUAAGUCUUUGUUAUUUACAGACCUGUAUUUUGUUACUAGAAAGUGAGAGAUAUUAAUUAAGUCUUUGUUAAGUAUCAAACCUGUUUUUGGUGUUUUUGUCAUGGAAUCAAAUUUUGAGCUUUGUUGUUCUGGAAGAUUUUAAAAAUUUCCAUUCCCACUUUUAUCUUGCUGCAUUUCCCACAUAUCUCUUUCAUGACUUUUUAAAAUUAGGAUUAUCUUAAAAAUUCAUGUAAAAAAAAAGUAUUAAUCGAAAACAGAAAGAGAGCUUGUACACAAAAAAACCUUGUACAUAGCUAAGACAUACAUGUUAAUAUGUCAAACUAAAUGUUCAGACCUUUAAUUAAUAUCAUAUAUGAGAGUGAAUCACAAGCAUCUUUCAUUUUUAUCUUUAGUGGUGUAUAAUAUUUGCUCCUAAACUGCCUUGCUGCUAAGUGGUAGCUAGCUGACAAUUUUGGUGCACUUCCAAAUUAGAUAUAAGGCCAAAGAAAAAACAAUCAUGUUUCCUGUCAUACCAACAAUUGAUGCUGUGCCAGCAAUAUAUCUUUUUCCCAUAUUUCAGAUUUACUGGUACAUGGUAAAAUAAAGAUUAUAGAAUUCAAUAACAAAUUGGUUUGCUUUUAUGUACUUACUAUAUUUUUUUUCCAAUAGAGGUAUGUUUUUGGCCAUUGCUGUUUUUUCACCCAUUUUCUCUUAAAGUCACAAGUACUAUGCAUUUGAGAUGAAUGUUAUAUAUGAAUGAGUGAGACGUCUAAAUGUGUGUGAAAUGGCCUGAAAAGUUUAUAUUUGUACAUUAUUAUUAUCAUCUGCAGAUUUUUGUUGAAAAUGUUUUUACAGAGUAACGAGAUUAUAGAAUUUUGUGGUUUGAUUCCAUUCUAAAUAACAAUAUGGAGUGAUAUGUUCAUAAUAAAUCUAUAGCAGGUUUCCUGCCCAAAUUUAAAAAAAAAAAGUGUUUUUGGUUGGUAGGUAUUUACUGUGAUAUAUCCCACUGUUAAAAAAUUGAGGAAGAGGUCAUUGACUGCUAUAGCUUUGUUGUAAAUUUAGAGUAAAACACUACCUAGGUAGGGAAUAAAAAUGGCUUAUUAUGGUCUUGAUUUUGUUACAAAGUAUUAUAGACUUCAUUUCAAAUCCAUGACUACUUUUGAUUUUAACUGCAAUUCCUAACAUCAACAGACUUUGUUUGGCAUUGUGAUUACUUUUAAAUGGUAGCUAACCAGGUUAUCUCAUCUUGUUAAAAAUGAAAACACAACUUAUUCACUUGGAGCCUUUUUGUUUUUACAAAAUGACAGGUUUAUCUGCUAAUAUGUAACAUUUAAAGCUGAAUUAAAAUACUAAUGAAAGUCUUUGCUAAUGCUCACCAGAAAAUAGCACCAAAACAGUAGUAGUUUCCUAAAACAACUUCGGUCGUGUCGAAUGUAAAGGACGUAACAGCGUUUACCAAACAAUGUGCAGGUUGACGUUUUGAGUUUUGUUGUGUCAAGAUAUGGUAUAAAUCUUUGGAUAUCUAAAAGAGAUUUGUCUGAGCAUUCUCAUUUAAAGUGGAAACACAACAUGAUAUUCAGAUGGAAUAAAAUUGAAUUAAUAAAAGAUUUCCCUGCUUCUGCAUUUUUGACAUUAUUUAUAAAAAAUAAUAUUUUCUAUUUAUAAAACAUAAUAUUAUCUAAAUAAUCCUUGAAUAGUUAUCUUUCCUCAAAAGAAACUGAAUAGUUGAUAAGAAAUAUGUCAUCUGAGUGUGGUAACUGUAAGCAUGCUAUUUAACAGCUGUAAGUUCACUUGUAAGACAUUUGGGUGAAGUCAACAAGUUUACUGCUAUGCAGAUGGUUGAAUGAAUCAAUUUAGGAUUUCCAUAAAUUACAGAAUAUCACUCGGUGGUUCAUAGCUUGUGUUGUUGAGUGAUGUAAAACUGACAAAAGAAGGCUUUGCGGUGUCUUAGUAGAAACAUAGUUUGAAUGAUGUACUUAAUGUGUAGAUGAUGGUUUGGUUCAUGUGUCUGAAUGAGGUUUGUUCAUUUUGAGAGGAAGGUACAUACUGUCAUGUGCAUUGUUUAACAGUUUCAAGCUACUUAUACUUUGUAUAUAUCAUAUACUGUUGCUUAAUUUAUACAAGAAGAUGCAUAAAAUGUAGUUUGUGUAGACAGGCCUGUUCAAUCCUCCUCCGCAUCAGGUUGUUUAGACUUAUGCAUUUGUCUGUCGUCUGAUAUCUUUGGGAGUACCAUAAUAUAUAGUUUAUAUCGGAAUAUUUCGCGGUGAAAUAUUGUGAUGACUAAUUGAAAUUAAAUUGUGCUUGUCUCUAAUGACUGUUUCUUUACUUAUGGGUUAUUAAUGUAACCUGCUUUAGUUACAAUCUUAUUCAUCAGAUCAAGUAUAAGUUGGGAGAAAACUAUUUUUAUCAGGUAUAAAGUUGGAGAUUUUAAACUUGUUUUCAAUCCGAAUUGAUUUAAUCAACGGAUACAAGUUUACUUUAUAAGAGGGGAAACAUGGAAAUCCAUUGUAAAUAUAAAAGGUGUAGAUUAUUUGAAAAUGACUGCAUAAAUACCUCUUUUUUGUAUCAUUUAGUGCUAAUAAGUGUAAAGUGAUAUAACUGAGGAAAAAUGGUUAUUUUUUGCCAACAUAGUAGGACAGUGUAAAGUACAGCUUCAAAGUCAUUUUCUGAUAACAUUUCCAAUCGUUAAUAAUCAAUAUCAUAUGAAGUACAACAGAACAAAUCUAGUUUGUAAAAUAUUUGAAAUUUUGUAGUUAAUCAUUCAUUAGGAGACAUAGUGAACACUGAGUGAUGACUUAUACUGGCUUUGUCAAUAAUACUUUGAAGUUGUGCUUAAGUAUUGGAGCAAGAAUGGACAAGUUUACUUGCAUGGCAUCAUGGUGAUAGAUUUAAUUGUGAUGGUGAUUAAAACCAUGGUUAUUUUAUUUAUGAAUCAUAAUAACUGGUAUCAUGUUUGAUAAUAAAUAAUAUAAACUCUA